AUGCCUUUCAUUACUGGGAAGUGUUUCAUAUUUCUUCAGGAGACUCUUUUAAAGCGAAAAGCAUCCACCAGCUUUGUUAUAAACGCCUCCAGACUCCUUUGGCUCACAGCGAGCCAUUGCCCGUCCCGACGGAAAAAAGAUGAAAAACUAAAGCGCCAGAUAUUUCAAAAAUCUGCUCUCCCAGCACAAUCUCCCCGCAAGCAAGCAAAAAAGGCAAGAGGGGCCGAGCCGCUGGCGGGCCGAGGGCAGGGCCGCUCCCGGUGCCCCGGGCGGGGGUCGGCGCUCCGCCCGCCCUGCCCCCGCCGCGCAUUCCGGCCCCGCGGCCGCAGCAGGCUCCGGGCAGGGGCCGCCGGCGGCGCGGGGAGCGCCCGGUACCGCUCGGGGAACGGCCGGGCGGCGCGGCGGGGUGGCCGGGGCCAGACUCGCACCGAGGGACCGCCGGGCCCCUCAGCCGCCCCCGUCCCCACGGCGGCUCACCGGCGCCCUGCCCCACGCUCGCCCACGGCUCCUCCCGGCGGCGACAGGCGACGCCCCCCCUCCUCCCGCCGCAGCGUUCCCGCGGCCGGCGCUUACCGGAGAGCGGCGGCCGAGCGCAGGCAGCAGCCGGGCCGCCGCGGGCCCCACGCGCGGCCGCCCCGCUGCCCGUGGAGCGCCCGCCCCUCUCCGAGCCCCGCUCGCCGCCCCCGGCGCCGCCCGCGCUCCGCCAUUGGCCGGCUGCCUCGGGGGCGGGGCUCCCGCGGGACCGCCCCGGGCCCCGCAGCGCCCGUGCGCGGGAGCCGCGCGGAGCCGGCGGCUGCGGACGCAGAGCGGGCUUCCCAAGGCAGGGAAGCUCCAAUCCAGGCUGCGGGCGUUUAG